GUCCGACAAUGCAAUACAAUUGUAAUUUUAAAAACGCAUCCUGCCCAGGUUGGUGCCGGCUUACACAAGGUACCAGCAUCGCUCAAACCCUCUACCAUGCGUCGCAUGGUGGGUCGGAUCAUGCAGCGAGGUGCUACAGGUGCAUUAUGCACAAGAGAUCAGAGUACCCACUUUUUCUCCGGAUCACUCCACAAAUCCGACUCCACGAUCCCAAAUCUCACCUAGCAAUUUCUCCACGUUUGUCCAGAGCCCUUGUCGUGACUCGCCUUGGAGCCAAGAGUGCGCACUUGCGAAUCAGGGUCGACUCUAUAUCCUUCCGACUACGACUCUUCUGGAGUCGCAGCCGCUGUCCAUGCUCUUCGCAGGAUUUCACCCGCCAUUUGCGGCGCCACCUUCUUCCCCUAACGUGUUUCUCAAGCUUACCUGACCUCGGGAUGAGGGCACAAGCUCACUUGGCGCGUCGGGUGGCGGUUACCGAUGAGCUUUGAUGAGGUUCAAACGGGCAUCGGUACUUUCGCCAGUCCAGCAUUCCCCGAUUUGCGGAGAAGCCUGUCCUUUCUCCAAGUCUAUAAAGAGACCCACUCCCCCGGUUGGACGGGUCAUUGUCGAUCACUCUACCAGUGUGCAUACUCAACUUCAACGCCUAGUCUGUUGUGCUUCGGUUGCAAGAUGGCGGACAACAAAGAAACCCUCGGGGCUGUCACUCACCAGCUGAGUAGAGCAGACGAUGACAUUCGCAAAGGUGGCGAUGUGCAGGAGAAGACUGUUGCUUCAGUAGCUCUCGCUGCUGCCCUUGAGGCCUCGAAGCCGAAGUUAUGGUCAAAGAGCAUGAUGAAACUAUACGUGAUCAUGGGAAUCGGCUACCUGGUCUCGACUAUGAACGGAUUCGAUUCAUCUCUUAUGGGAGCCAUCAACGCCAUGAAGCCAUACCAGAACACCUUUAACCUAACUGGCGAAGGCUCCAGCACUGGUAUUAUCUUCAUCAUCUACAACCUCGGACAGAUUGCAGCCUUUCCCUUCUGCGGCUUCCUUGCCGACGGAUACGGUCGACGCAUCUGUAUCUUCGUCGGAUGUGCGCUCGUCUUGGUUGGAACUGCUGUCCAGGCCACUGCAAAUGAGAUGGGACACUUCAUCGGCGGUCGUUUCAUUCUUGGUUUUGGCGUCUCGAUUGCUUCGGCUGCCGGUCCCGCGUACACUGUCGAGCUGGCCCACCCCGCCUACCGAGGCACAAUGGCUGGCAUGUACAACAACUUCUGGUGGUUUGGUAACAUUCUCGCUGGAUGGACGACAUAUGGAACUAACAAGAACUUCAACAACUCCUGGGCCUGGAGAGUACCAACUGUCGUACAGUGUCUCAUCCCAGCAUUCGUCAUGCUGUGCAUAAUGUUCAUGCCAGAGACCCCCCGUUGGUUGUUGGCGAAGGACAGGCGUGAGGAGGCCAUUGCUAUCAUGGCCAAAUACCACGGUGAUGGUGACGAGAACCACCCCCUUGUUCAGCUUCAGUUGCACGAGAUUACCGAAGAUUUCUCAGUAACCCGUAACGAUAACCCCUGGUGGGACUUCCGUGAGCUGUACAACACAAAGGCGGCUCGUUACCGCAUGAUGAUGGUAAUUGCGAUGGCGUUCUUUGGGCAAUGGUCUGGAAAUAACGUGGUCUCUUACUUCAUGCCAUUAAUGGUCAAGAACGCCGGUAUAAACGACCCGAACGACCAACUGCUUAUCAAUGCCAUCAACCCCAUCUUCAGCAUGCUCGGAGCCAUCUACGGAGCCACCCUCCUUGACAGGCUUGGUCGUCGCAAGAUGCUGCUUGGUGGCUUGGCUGGUGGUCUUUUCUUCUACGUCUUGUUGACUGCCUUUACUGCGACCGCCACGAAGACUAAUGGCCUGGCCUAUGGCACCAUCGUCUCAAUCUACUGCUUUGGUAUCAUCUUCGCUUGGGGUUGGACACCACUCCAGACCUUGUACGCCGUGGAGUGCCUUGAGAACAGGACCAGAGCCAAGGGUUCUGGUGCCAACUUCCUCUUCCUCAACAUCGCUAUGGUUGUCAAUACAUAUGGUAUCUCCGUCGGUAUGGAGAAGAUCGGAUGGAAGUUGUACCUGGUUUACAUUGGUUGGAUCUGUAUUGAGAUGGUCUUCAUCUACUUCUUCUUCGUCGAGACCGCUGGAAAGACUCUGGAAGAGCUUAAGGAGAUCUUCGAGGCACCCAACCCACGCACAGCCUCUCUCAAGCGCGCUAAGAUUGAGGUCUCUGGUGGCCAGGUUCACAACGUCACUGACGCAUGAAUGGAGAAGACAAGAUGAUGUCACGCAUUACGCGCUACGGUAGGAGCUUUAGGCUUAGAGAACUCUGAUCACAUAGUUAGGGUCCAGUAUUAAUACUACACUUUAAUUUGACACGCAUGGUUUUUA